AUGCGCUACACAAACCACCCACGGACAGGAGCGUCUGUACACAACAUGCAAAGCCUGCUGUUGCAGACAUUAGCAGCGGUCCUUCUCCUCACAAGGCCCACGGCGGCCCAGAACGGUACCGACAACCCAGGGACCAAACGCGGCAUCUCCUGGAUUGGCACCAAGUCUUCCGCCACUGACAAUAGCAUAUUUGCUUCAGGUAAAACACCCAUAACAUGGUAUAAAUCCUGGGGCGCCGGUCCCAUACAAGAUCAAUCCUUCACCAAGCUCGAUUUCGCGCCCAUGAUCCACAGUCUCGAGAAUCUGGACCAGGACAUCCGAGUCAUAAACGGACUGAGGUACGAGAACGUCCUGACGUUCAACGAGCCCGAUGGCGCUACUUCAGGAGGCGGAACAAAUAUCGAACCGGAAGAUGCGGCUGAGGCGUGGGCGGACAUUGUGAAAUUGAGAGAGGGCAAGAACGGCAAGAAGAUCAGCUUGCCUGCCACGACUGGUAGUCCGAAUGGUCUCGAAUGGCUGCAGAAGUUUAAUGAGAGCUGUUGGGACAAGUAUGAGGAUACGGGUUGCGAAUUCGACUUUGUGGCGGCGCACUGGUACGGUGCGUUUGAGGGGCUCGCAAGCUGGCUGGGCACGCUGCAUGAGACCUAUCCGGAUAAGGACUUGUGGGUGACGGAGAUGGCGCUGCCGCAACCAGCGACCAAGGAGGAGGUGCAGGGGAUGAUGAACCAGAGUUUGGCGUUUUUGGAUGCGACCGACUGGGUAGCGAGGUAUGCAUGGUUUGGCGCGUUUAGGGAGGACGAGGCCAAUGACUGGACAGGAGAUGCGGUGGCGCUACUGGACGACGAUGGAGAUCUGACGGAGCUAGGAGCGCUGUAUAUGGGUGGAGAGGCGCGCGGCUUCGAAGCUGGCGAUGGAAGUGGUGGCGGCAGCGGCGGCUCUCAGGGAUCUGCUGUUUCAGUGCGGGCUUGCUGGUGGUCGACGGUGUUGGUAAGCGUUGUAUUUGUAGCGAUGUUUUAG